CCAGUCAAUUCCUGCGAGCCGGGCGAUCGCUUAGUCGUCGAAUAUAUUGAAAGCGCCUCGCACUGAGUUUAUGUCGCGUGUUCUCAACAACGAAUAUGGUGUAACCGGUCAGCUGUUGUUGUGACAAGCAAGAAGUCAGUGUGAUAAUAGAAAGUAUACGCAGGAUGACGUUUUUGUCCAAGUGCGCCAGGAAAGCGUCGACCUCUUCUGGUCUACCAACCUCUACAAGUGGAAGCAAAGAGACUGUCAAACCGAAAGCUUGGUUUGUCACAAUGCCUAACGAACUAUCAGGCAGCACUGGUUCAGCAAUAGGGAGCAGCAAACUGCGGUGCCCCGCCCCCAUCUCCCGUCUCCGCGUUGAAAAAAUUGAAGGUGGUCUCAUGGUAGCAGGCGUCGUCGUGGCUGCAAACUGUCAGAUUAUUUUGCCAAUCUUUGGCUUUCUUUUUCUGUUAGUCGGAUGCGUUUUAACUGCCGCAUCAUAUAGGGGCCCAGGAGAAGACGAAGAUCCUGACCGAUAUGAAGCUCGAGUAUCAUUCACAGGAAAUUCUCGUGUUCUUGGUCCUGCAUGCAUAGUCGUCGGUCUAUUUAUGCUGAUAGCUGGGUGCGCACUAUGCGUUUUGACGAGAAGAGCCAGGCGGAGAGAACAGACUAUAGGAUUCCAUUGUCCCUUGCAUGGAGACUUUUAUCCUUUGAGUCCAUUAUCUAGCUCUCGAACUUUGGGUAGUGCAGAGAAAGGCACUUGCACAUUAUGUUGGCCUAGAAGGCGAGGCCCAGGAGCAAUAGCUGUAGGACCUCCACAAUGUCCACACAGUCAGAUGUCCAGUACGCGGAGCUCAAUAGCUAGUUCUCCGCAUAGUCAGUGUCCGACACCUUUGCCAUUCCUCGUAAAUUCUGGAUCUGUAGGGGUUCUGGUUGCACCAGUAGCUCAGAUGUCUCCUGAUCAACCAUUCGGAUCUAUUCGAUCAUUGACGGGGAACAGGGAAGUGGCUAGUUUUCCGUUGUCGAGGUCUCCUACGCCACCACCGAAUUCAAAUUUUGAAAGCAGUCCAAAUCUAGUCCAAGUUCCCGAUCAACAGAAUCUAGUGGAAUCUCAUUUUGAACAAGUACCAGUGCACAGAAAUGGUCCCAGAAAGUCCGUAUCAAUAGUGUUACCGACAGAAGAAAAAGGAUGACCCACGGAGCUUUAGCAAGUAUGCUACAAAGAAACUCAGUAAUAACUUUCCUUAAGCUCUAGUUUCCCCAUUGGAGCAUCGAAUAUCCCCAUCAAUUUCAUCAUUAAAAAUUAUAUCGAGAGAACAAAAGAAGAUCGUUUUAUACAAAAAAUAUGAUACAAAGCUAAAUUUUUGUAGAAAUAUAAAACGUAUACAGGGUGUUUCAUUAAUAAUUGGAAAUAUUUUAACUGUAGCUUCUUGGUUUCAAAAUAUUAAGGUUUAACUCAAAUCACCUAGUCCAAAAAUGCUUCCUAGAUUAGCUAGAGCUCUUUGAAGACGGUGUCUUGUAAUUAGAUAUUUUUAAAUAUCGCCAGAACGCUUCUAUUUAGAAAAACGAAAACUGGUACGCUUUUUUAUCUUUCAGAGAUAAAUCGAUUCCAUAAAUUGCGAAUUUGUAGUACCAGUCAUAGGCGUCUGUUGUGGGUAGGACAACGGUUAUUUUAUCGUAUAACUUUUUUUGACUGGAACUUUUAAGCAUUUUUGACAUUAGAUUGUGAUGCAUUCUAGUAAUAAAAGGUAAGCAUGCUUUAAAUCGGUAGAAUACACUGUUUUCUAGCAAAAUCGAUUUGAAAAUUUUUGAAUUUGGAAAAAAUGUUAAAAAAAAACUAUUUAGAAAUAUGAAAACUGGUACAUUUAUUUACCUUCCAAAGAUGAAUCGAUUUUAUCAAUUGCGAAUUUCUAGUACCGGUCAGAUGCGUCCGCUUUGGAUAGGUCACGGUUAUUUACCAACUAAAAGUUGGUAAAAUACACCUUUUUUAAUUUUUUUUUCAAAUUCAAAAACGAAAAAUUUUCAAAUCGUUUUUUCUAGAAGUAGGUGAAUCCUACCGACUUAAAGCAAGAGUACUUUUUAGUACUAGAAUACCUAACAAUUUAAUAAUUCAGUGGCAAAAAUGCUUAAAAGUUAAAGCCAAAAAAGUUAUGCGAUAAAAUAACUAUUGCCCUACCCAAAAAGGACGCCUAUGACCGGUACUAGAAAUUCGAAAUUUAUGGAAUCGAUUUAUCUCUGAAAGAUAUAGAGAUUCUUUCGUUCAAAGAACUCGGGCUCCCUUAGGAGCUCAAUUUUCGGACUAGGUGAUUUCAGCUAAACCUCAAUAUUUUCAGCCCAAGAAUAUACAGUUAAAAUAUUUCCAAUUAUUAAUGAAACACCCUGUCUAAAUAUGUGUAUAUUUGAUGAACGUGGGACACAAAACUUUUUAUUUCAAAUCAAAGAACUUGCGACAAAAAGACCUAGGUUAGAAUAUGUGUUAGACGCAUUUUUAUAUCUAAUUAUUUAAGCUAUGUAGCAUCGUUAUGUAGAUGUAGCUCAGACCGUAGAAGUUGUAUAACAGUUAAGAGUGUUUUCUAGAUUUUUGGGAGACACUGCUGUAUAUACCUAUGUUAUAAAAUUGCAGAAACGGCUAUCAUGAUUAUCCGAUUUUUUACGAAGAUUUGUAAUCUAUUGUUUACAAUGGUUUACUGUGGAAAAGGAAAUUUGUAUAUGGAAAUGGAGCUCUUUUAACCAAAUAACAAAUAUUAAAAAAAGUUUGGUUACUGUAGCCAUCGAAAUAGGCACACUGUUGACGAAUAAUUUCACAAUGUUGGGACAAAUUCAAGAUCAAGAUCAAGAUUGGAUCUUGAAAAACACUAAAAUAGAACAAUAUUUGAAAACCAGAGUUUGCGACAAGUGUAUUCCCCCUAUACUUACGUAUGGUUCACAGACGUGGACACUCACCAAUGCAACAUGGAUAAAAUAGUAGUAAAGGUACAAAGAGCAAUGGAAAGAUCAAUGCUCGGGGUGAGAUUUAUAGGCAAAAAAACAAAUAAAUGGAUUAGAAGCAAAACCAAAGUAAAAGACACAGGAGAACAUGCUGCCAAAUUAAAAUGGAGCUUCGCAGGACACAAUGCCUGACUGAAGGAUAAAAGAUAGAAUCACGAAAUACAACAAUGGAGACCGUGGUUAGAAAGGAUAAGCAGAGGAAGGCCACAAAUGAGAUGGGCUGAUGAAAUAAAGAAGUUUGGAGGACACCACUGGAAAAAUGUUAAUUUCCUCACAAAAGACAAAAUGCAUGGUUAUAAAUGCAUGGAUAUAUAACAGCAGAUCCAAUAAGAUGUAAAUUGGAGCUGGAAGGUCAGAUAAUAGACCAAGUGAUGGAGUUUAAAUACCUAGGCCUAUCUAACUACGGAAGGCUCGAAACAGAAGUGAAAGAUCAAGUGAAUAGAGCAAACAGAGCCGCAGGUUGUCCGAAUGACACAAUAUGGAGAAAUAAAAAUAUCGGAAAAGAAAUGAAAGGCAGAAUUUACAAAACAAUCAUCAGACCAAUAAUGACAUAUGCGGCAGAAACACGACCCGACACAGAGAAGACAAAAAUAUUGCUCGUAACAGCGGAGAUUAAAACCCUUCGAAAAAUCGAUGGUAAGACUCUAUGGGAUAGAGCUAGAAAGAAGUACAGAUAUACGACGGAGAUGCAAGGUGUAUAACAUUAAUAACUGGGUAACAAACAGAAUAACAGAAUGGAAUGACCACAUAAGCCGAAUGACAACAAAUAGGAUAGCGAGAGACGGUUCCCCAAUAGUAAGACGAUCAGUGGGAAGACCACGAAAACGAUGGAACGACAACUUACUAGAAGCACAUUGAAAAAACAGACUGAGUUAUGUCUAUACAAAAAGAAAAAGAAGAAGAAGAACUGGAAACAAGUGGCGCAAAAUAGAAAACACUGGAUUUAAUUGGGGAGGCCUAUGUCCGAAGUAGGAUUAC